ACACCUUAGCGUGGUUCCUGGAUCUAGGUUUACCGAAAGGCAGCUGGAAAGGCGAAGUGGGACUGGCGUUGGUCUGCACGCCCCGGAUAUCUGGGAUUGAUUCGCGAAGUGGCGGGUGUUUUUCCCUGCUGCAGCACACGAAGAGGGCGGACGGAGCUCGCGGCGUCGGGCCCACCUGGGAGAGAAGAGGCGGGAGCACCGAGGCAGGAGGAGCGCCGAGGCAGAAGAGCUCUUAUCUUUACCACCUUCUGGGCUUGUUUUUGUUCUUUCUCCUUUCCUCCUCUCUAUUCCUUUACCUCUUUCAAGAAAUAAGUUUUUACUUCCAUUUUUCGCUUUGACUCCGAGAGAGAGGGGGACAGCCCGCUAGGAGGCAUUAUAGCCUUUUUAGGAGAAUUCUUUUCAGCCACCAGGCAAACUGCAGCACCGCGCCACGCGUAAUAGUCCUCAGCAAACACUUGUAGAUUAGAUCAGGUGACUGCAUUUUUGUGAGAUUUUAAAUGUACCAUGGAGGGUAACAAAACUAACUCAAGAGGAAUGGAAGAAGACAAGCUGGAAACUUCAAACUUAUCCUCAAAAACCUGGCAUUCUGAGGUGAUGAUGUCAGUCACCGGCGAGCCACCUGGUGCUUUAGAAGAAGAAGAAACAGCUAAAGAAACACAGGUAGAAAUCAUCCCAGAGACCAUUGAGCCACUGUCCCUUCUAGAUGUGCUGAGGAUCUCUGCAGUUCUGGAGGAUGCCACAGACCAACUCUCUAUUCUAAGCUAUAUCAUGCCAGUCCAGUAUGAAAGAAGACCGAACAGCAGCAUGAAAAGCAAAGAAAUACAUUUGGAAAGAAAAAGUCUAGUUCCGAUGUCCUCAACCUCAAAAAGAUAUAGUCAAUUUUACCCUAAAGAAGAGCCCAAGUUGCCAGAAAUCAGAAAAGAAGGCCAAGGUGCUGUGGACUUGAACAGAAUACAGGAUCAUAUCUUCAAAAAACCUACAAGACAGACCAUAAUUACUACGGAGACACUGAAGAAAAUUCAGAUUGACAGGCAAUUUUUUAGUGAUGUGAUCAAAGAUACCAUGCAGGAGUUGCAAGAAUCAGGGACUUUCACCAACCUCCUGGAAGCUUUGAACAAAGAGAGAGAAAACAAAAUACAUUUCUAUGAUAUCAUUGCCAGGGAGGAAAAAGGAAGAAAACAGAUAAAAUCUCUUCAAAAACAGCUAGUUAAUGUCAAAAAAGAACGGCAAUUUGAAGUACAGAGUCGGAAUGAAUAUAUCGCUCAUCUCAAGGACCAAUUGCAAGAGUUGAAGGCAAAAACCAACUUGGAGAAUUGCUAUAUGAAAAAAAACACUGAGCUUCAGAUUGCCCAGACCCAGAAAAAAUGUAACAAAACAGAGGAGCUUUUGCUGGAGGAGAUUGAGAAACUAAGGAUGAAGACCGAAGAAGAGAACCGGAUUCACAUGGAGAUUGAAUCAUUCCUUAGGAAGGAGCAGCAGAAACUUGAGGAGAAGCUGGAGUUCUGGAUGGAGAAAUUCGAUAAAGACACAGAAACGAAACAGAAUGAACUAAAUGCUCUCAAAGCCGCAAAGGCCAGUGACUUAACACACCUUCAAGAACUUGCAAGGACGCUACGGGAAUAUGAACAGGUCAUCAUCGAAGAUCGUAUAGAAAAGGAGAAGACCAGGAAGAAGAUAGAACAAGAUAUAUUGGAAUUAAAGAGCGUCUUAAAGCUGCAGGCCUGGUGGCGAGGCACAGUAGUGCGGAGAGAAAUUGGUGGAUUUAAGAUGCCCAAGAAGGACAAAGAUGACAGCAAGGAUUCGAAAGGUAAAGAAAAAGACAAGCGGAGAGGCAAGAAGAAGUGACGAGGUUGUCUCCUGUCCUUCCCACUGCUGACUGGAGAUGGGCAAGAGGACCUGGAUAAGAAACGCCUUGCACAUCAGAUGACUCUUCCUCAGGCUGUUUGGGCAUUCCCAGGUGAAGCUUGGUGAUUUCACUUGGCCUGCUAUCUUGUUUUCAAACCCUGAAUUAAGAUUAUACCAUCAAUUCAGGCUUCCUCAUAUUUCAAUUUUGCUGGGAAGAAGUCUUUUUAAUAGGUUUGUGAAGGUUCCUGUUGCUCUUUUUCACCAGAAAAGAAAAAAACAAAACAACACAACAAAAAAUGAAAACAGUUCAUGGGUCUUAGUUAUAGCGAGACAUUAAAACUUCUGUAAUUCUUGUAAUGUCUGAUUCUGAUUUUAUCUAGUUAGUAGCAAAAAAAACCAAAACGAAACAAAAAAUACCCCACCUCUUACAAAGGUGAACUUUUUCUUUUUUGCAAUAUGGUGCAUGAGCUCGCCAGAAAGACAGAGACAGAG